AUGAUUGAUCGUGUGCUGGAGUUGAGCGGCACUGGCCCCAGCAGCAAAUUGACGGGCUGGCACCUGCCCCUUGUGCAGGCGGCACGACCGAGGGUGGUGCAGGUGCGGGCGUCCGCCGCCAAGCGAGAGACGGACCCCAAGAAGAGGAUUGUGAUCACCGGAAUGGGCAUCGCCUCUUGUUUUGGCAACGAUGUCGACACCUUCUACAACCAGCUGCUAGAGGGCGUCAGCGGCGUGGACUACAUCUCCCGCUUUGACGCCAGCGAGUUUCCGACCAAAUUUGCUGCGCAGAUCAAGGACUUUGAUGUGGGCAACUUGGUGGACAAGAAGAACGCACGGCGCUAUGACGACUGCCUCUCCUACACCAUGGUCGCCUCCAAGAAGGCGCUGCAAGCAGCUGGCCUUGAGAAGGGCGCCAACCCCGAUGGGUACGGCGCGCUGGAUAAGUCGCGCGUUGGCGUUCUGGUGGGCAGCGGCAUGGGCGGCCUCUCUGUGUUCCAGGAUGGCGUCAAGGCGCUGGUGGAGAAGGGAUACAAGAAGAUCACGCCCUUCUUCAUCCCCUACGCCAUCACCAACAUGGGCGGCGCACUGCUGGCAAUUGACCAGGGCUUCAUGGGCCCCAACUACUCCAUCUCAACCGCCUGCGCCACCGCAAACUAUGCCUUUGUUUCGGCUGCCAACCACAUCCGCAACGGCGACGCUGACGUCAUGGUGGCUGGCGGCAGCGAGGCGCCUAUCAUCCCUGUGGGCCUGGGCGGAUUUGUGGCAUGCAGAGCUCUUAGCCAGCGGAAUGAUGAGCCUCAGCGGGCGUCACGGCCAUGGGAUACCGACCGCGACGGUUUUGUGAUGGGCGAGGGCGCAGGCGUACUGAUCAUGGAGAGUCUGGAGCAUGCACAGAAGCGUGGUGCUACCAUCAUUGCAGAGUACCUGGGCGGCGCUGUGACCUGCGACGCGCAUCACAUGACAGACCCCCAUCCCGAGGGCCUGGGCGUGUCCACGUGCAUCGAGCUGGCGCUCAAGGAUUCUGGCAUCGAGCGUGACGAGGUGAACUACAUUAACGCGCACGCCACUAGCACGCUGGUCGGCGACAAGGCAGAGGUGAAGGCCAUCAAAAAGGUUUUCUCAGACCUGUCGCACAUCAAGAUGAACGCCACCAAGAGCAUGAUUGGGCACUGCCUUGGAGCAGCGGGCGGCAUGGAGGCGAUCGCCACGAUCCAGGCCAUCCAGACUGGCUGGGUCCACCCCACCAUCAACCACUCGCCCAUCGAGGAGGUCGAUGGCAUCGACGUGGUGCCGAACAAGAAGCAGCAGCAUACCGUAAAUGUGGGCAUCAGCAACAGCUUUGGGUUUGGCGGGCACAACAGCGUGUGUGCUUUUGGCAGGCACGAGGCGUAG